UCACGCCGGGGGACAAGAGGCCGAGGCACCGCGGAAGACCCCCUCGCGCCCUGGCGGAUCCCCCCCCUUCACAUCCCGGCUCGACACGGAGCAGGGUGUAUGUGUGAGGGGGGGGAAGCAGCGGGUGGCCGCCUGGCGGCGGUGCGCCUGCGCGGAGGGGACCCCGUCUGCCAUUUUGCAGCGUCAGGCGGGCCGGCGAGGCCUCCCCCGGCAGCUGCGCAGAGGGGCCGCGCUCCCGCGCCGCGUCUGAGGGGAGCCGGCGGGGAGGGCGGUGCAGGCCAAUGAGUUAAAGAGUCGCCGCCGCCGUUCGGGCAGGAGUCGCGCCGCCGAGUCCGGGGUUCUCCUUCCCCCUCCCCUUCCCCUCCCUCGUACCGACAGCCGCUGGGCCACCCCCGACACCCCCCCCUCCCCCCACCCCCCCUUCCUCCUGCCGUGCCUGCCCCGGGGCCGCCCGCACCAUGCCGUCUGUGCCGCUGCCGCCCAAGGAGAGCAACCUCUUCAAGCGGAUCCUGAAAUGUUACGAACAAAAGCAGUACAAAAAUGGACUCAAGUUCUGCAAGAUGAUCCUCUCUAACCCAAAAUUCGCUGAACAUGGAGAGACGCUUGCGAUGAAAGGACUGACCUUGAACUGUUUAGGGAAGAAGGAAGAAGCAUAUGAAUUUGUUCGUAAAGGACUUCGUAAUGAUGUAAAGAGUCAUGUCUGUUGGCACGUCUAUGGUCUUUUGCAACGUUCUGAUAAGAAAUACGAUGAAGCCAUCAAGUGUUACCGGAAUGCACUCAAACUAGAUAAAGAUAAUCUACAGAUCUUGAGAGAUCUCUCUCUGUUGCAGAUUCAGAUGAGGGAUUUAGAAGGAUACAGGGAGACAAGAUACCAGCUACUUCAGCUGCGCCCUACACAACGGGCUUCCUGGAUUGGAUAUGCCAUUGCAUACCACUUAUUAAAAGAUUAUGAUAUGGCCUUAAAACUACUUGAAGAGUUUAGGAAAACCCAACAGAUUCCUCCUAAUAAAAUAGAUUAUGAAUAUAGUGAACUGAUUUUAUAUCAAAAUCAAGUGAUGAGAGAGGCAGAUCUAUUUCAGGAGUCUUUAGAACAUAUAGAGACAUAUGAAAAGCAAAUAUGUGAUAAAUUAAUAGUAGAAGAAAUCAAAGGAGAGAUGUUACUGAAGUUGGGAAGACUGAAAGAAGCUGGUGAAGUAUACAGAGAGUUAAUUGAGCGCAAUGCAGAAAACUGGUAUUAUUAUGAAGGCUUGGAGAAGGCCCUACAACCUAGCACUUUAGAAGAGAGGCUUCAGAUUUAUGAAGAAGUUAGUAAAAGACAUCCCAGAGCAGUUUCACCUAGAAGAUUACCUUUAAACUUUGUUUCAGGUGAAAAAUUUAGAGAACUAAUGGAUAAGUUCCUGAGGGUUAACUUCAGUAAAGGCUGCCCACCCUUGUUUACCACUUUGAAAUCUUUAUAUUACAAUCCAGAAAAGGUUUCUACAAUCCAAGAACUUGUUACUGGUUAUGAAGCCUCAUUGAAAACUUGUGACCUUUUUAGUACAUGUGAAAACGGAGAGAAAGAGCCCCCAACAACACUGCUUUGGGUUCGAUAUUUCCUGGCACAGCACUUUGACAAACUUGGCCAGUGCUCUUUGGCCUUGGAUUACAUUAACGCGGCGAUUGCUAGCACUCCAACAUUAAUAGAACUAUUCUAUUUAAAAGCAAAAAUUUACAAGCAUGUAGGUAACCUCAAGGAAGCUGCCAAAUGGAUGGAUGAAGCACAGUCUCUGGAUACUGCAGACAGAUUUAUUAAUUCUAAGUGUGCUAAAUACAUGCUGCGAGCAAAUAUGGUAAAGGACGCGGAGGAGAUGUGCUCUAAAUUCACGAGGGAAGGAACUUCUGCUAUGGAAAACCUAAAUGAGAUGCAGUGUAUGUGGUUCCAGACUGAAUGUGCCGCAGCUUAUCAAAGGUUAGGAAAGUAUGGUGAUGCCUUGAAAAAAUGCCACGAAGUAGAAAGGCAUUUUUUUGAGAUAACGGAUGAUCAAUUUGACUUCCACACAUACUGUAUGAGAAAGAUGACUCUCCGUGCCUAUGUAGACCUUUUGAGAUUAGAAGAUGUGCUCAGGAAACAUGCCUUCUACUUCAAGGCUGCUCGGUCAGCAAUUGAAAUCUACCUGAAGCUCCAUGAUAAUCCUCUUACCAAUGAAAGCAAAGAACAAGAAGUGAAUUCAGAAAAUCUCUCAGCCAAAGAAUUGAAGAAAAUGCUUAGCAAGCAAAGAAGAGCACAGAAGAAAGCAAAACUUGAAGAGGAAAGAAAACAUGCAGAAAGAGAGCGACAACAAAAGAAUCAAAAGAAAAAGCGAGAUGAAGAAGAGGAGGAAACUAGUGGACCCAGGGAAGAGCUAGUUCCUGAAAAACUGGAAAGGGUAGAAAAUCCAUUAGAAGAAGCCAUUAAGUUCCUUAUACCACUUAAGAAUCUUAUUGGAGAUGACAUAGAAACACAUUUAUUAGCAUUUGAAAUAUACUUCAGAAAAGGAAAGUUCCUGUUAAUGUUACAGUCUGUCAAAAGAGCUUUUGCCAUCAACAGUAAUAACCCAUGGCUACACGAGUGCUUGAUUAAAUUCUCUAAAGCUGUAUCUGACCAUAGUAACCUCCCGGAAAUUGUGAGCAAGGUCCUAACUCAAGAAAUGCAGAAAAUCUUUGUUAAUAAAAACUUGGAAAGUUUUAAUGAAGAAUUUCUCAAACACAACGCUACCUCCAUUCAGCACCAACUGUCAGGUGCAAAGAUGAUGUAUUUCCUGGACAAAUCAAGACAAGAAAAAGCAAUUGCUGUUGCUACUAGAUUGGAUAAAAACAUGAGAGACAAAAACGUGAAGACGUUAACAAAGGUUUUUGAGGCGCUGCUUGAUGGCAGUUUUGGAAGCUGCCACAGUCAAUGCGAAGAAUAUCAAGCAGCAUGUCAUAAACUGUUUCCUUUUACGUCUGCCUUUAUGCCUGCCACAAACGAGGACGAUAGCAGCAUUGCAUCUGUGAAUCAUACAGCCAUUAACCAUGAUUUGCUGUCUAAUGAAAUUUGAAGUCGUGUGCGCGAGCCCGGGUGUGCGUUAUACCCAACAUGCACACGCGUAUACGAAACUCUGACUCUCAUUACAUGCUGGCUGGAUACAGAUCAGGGUUUACUUCUCCAGGUUGUAUUUUAAUAUCUUUAACAGGUAUAAAACAAAAUAUUUGGGUAGUUAAAUGAAAUGGAGUAUGCUUUUAGUUAUUAUUUUUUUUCCUCCCAACAAAAACUGCCAAUAUUUAUGUAAACAUUAUCCUUAAUCAGCAUUUUUCAUGUUUAUACUUGUACAGUUUUAAGUCUUCUAAUAAUCCAUCAGCCCUCCCUCACAAAAAUUAUGGAUGUUAAAGACUGCUUUCACAUAAGUGUCGUUACAUAUGCAGAUAAAUGUGAUCAUAUCUUGUUAAUAAAUUAUCAUUUGAGCAUUAUUAGCAGAUUAAGACUGAGGUGCUGCUUGAACUGCCCUCUUUGUCUUUUACUGGUUUUUUUAGGUUUUUUUCUGGGUUUCUUUGGGUUUUACUGUUUGUUGGGGGUUUUUUUUGUUGUUUUUUUGUUUUUUGGUUUUUUGUUUUUUUUUUUAAAUCUUUGGUCAGCUUGGUUUGUUUUGAAGCACAGUGACAAUGAAAGCAUCGGGGCUUUGCAUGUUUUUGUCAGGUGUGUGUCUUACAUGGAACCAGUGUUGAUGGAUACGAAGAUUAGGUUUGUGUUAAAAAAAAAACUAAGGCUUUUUGAAAACUAUUCUAUCUACCUUGUGUUCCAUAGCUAUUGUUUCCUUAAGUUUAUGGUCAGUUUAACAUUUUUGAGUAUCCUGAAGCAAUUCCCUGUGAAAACAUAAUGAAUUCGAUACUGUUGUUUGUCUUUCGUUCCAUCCUUCCCCUUUCCUCCUCUUCCUUCUGGUUUCUCCCCAUCUGUUCCCCUAUUGACACUUAAGUUGAAAAAGCUGCUCCAAUUUUGGGCAAGUGUGUAAGGUACAGUAAUGGGGGAAUACAGUUAUUCUCUACAUCAUUAAAAAUUCACUGGUAGGUUUACUGUAUUACCUCCAUUAAAAGGCCUUAGUUGUCCACUUACGGCCAAUACUCCAGUACUUCUCACGACUAAAUACUAUUGCUUUAGGUGCUACAAAGCACAUGGUAUGUGAGGAGUAUGUUUUACAUAUAAAAACUACUUAAGGGAGCACAAAGAGGCUGACUACAAAUCACAAUGAACCUUUUUCUUACUUUAUAUUCUGGUGCACUAACUAUUAAAUAUACAACACAUCAAAACGGAAGUCUGAAUCUAAUAUACCUAUUUAAAGCAUAGUAUUGCCAGACAAAAUGGCUACAUAUGACAGCUUUACAUUCUAUAAGAACUGCUAUCAAAACAUAACUAUACUGUGGCUUGUACAGAAAAUCUGUUUUCUGGAAACUGUAAUGGAAUCAUUCGAUCUCGGUUUGUUUUUAUUUCACUGCAAUGUAAAUAAUUUCAGUAAUAUUAACUAGCCCCUCAAAGGCAAAUAUAAGUUCAUGAAGAGGGGAUUUUAUUAAGACAAAUAAACUGUUCUAAUUAAAAUUCUCCUUUGUGUGUCAUCUGUUUAGAUUCAAAAUUGUUGAAUGGAAAACUCACUGUAAAAUAUUGCCAACAUAUGUUAUGCUGUAAUAAAUUAUUUUGUACACACUU